AUGCCUCAGGUCAUUUACGAACUUGACUCCUCCAUCGCCGCAUUCUUUUCAGACUCGGGAACAUCUGCAACAAGACAGCAAUGCGAUGAAUUUGCCAGAAACCAGUUCGGUGAGGAUAUUCGCCCAGUUCCGCUCCAGGGCGUGACCAGUUACACUGUAACAGCAGGGCCUAUCACGAUCGUUCAGUUCCGGGAGCAGGGCAGCUCGUUGAAUGAGGGGAUGAUGGCGUUAGCUAAGGCUGUUCAUGGAGAUGUCGUGACUGGGUGUGUUUCUCAUGGGCUUAUUGGUGGAUCGUCGUCGUAUUCUGAAGGAAAGGAAGAUGCCAAUGCACUCGCUCUGUACUCGAUGGACAAGCUCCCGGGAGAGAACUAUAUCUUUAUACGUGCUUCUUUGGCGGAGAGUUUACCACUCCAGCUGGCUACUGUAGAAAGUCUGGCGAGGUUCUUUGCCCAGUCCUGGCUAAACGGGCGAACAACAGACCCAGACCAAGUCUCUACCGCCAUCAACAACUGCACCAAGCUAUUCCACCACCUCUCCGAAACCCUCCCCUCCCGCUUCCAACCAUCCAUCUCCCAAUUACCAAAACUUCUUAACUCACUCCGUUCCGGGGAACACCCAGUGGUCCUCACCCACGGCGACCUCAACGAGAUGAACAUCCUCGUCGACCCCGUCACCGGCAAGAUCACAAGUGUUGUCGACUGGGCCGAGGCUAGCUUCCUGCCGUUUGGGUUCGCGCUGUACGCACUGGAUAAUUGCCUCGGAAAUAUGGGCGAGAAUGGGUGGGAGUAUUUUGAUAAUGCCGACCAGCUGAGAAAGGGGUUUUGGGAUACCUUUGAUAGGUUGGUUGGGGGGCUCUCUGAGUCUGUGAUGGAAUCUAUUCGCUUGGCGAGAGUGGCUGGGUUGUUUAUUCGGUAUGGCAUAGCGUACGAGGAGAGAUCGGGAGGGAUGAUGUAA